CCUCGUCGCCUCUUCCUCUUCCGCUUCCGCUCCCGCUUCCGCUUCCGCUAUCCAACGAUAGAUCAGUAAUCGAUCGGGUGGUUCUUUACAAACCAGAUCUGAAGACCGGGUGGACCAUCCAAGUGAUUCAAGAGGUCAAGAUCCUCGCAAAAAAAGGUGCAUUUUGAGGGUCUUGACGCUGUGAUCCAAGAGCUUGUUGAUCUAGGGUUUCAGAGGUCCUUUCGCUCUUUCCACCAGCCUACUAUUUAAAUUGGUCCCCAACAGAUUGAGGCCUUUCUUUAGUGAAACGAGUAAAGCCACAAUGAACAACGAAGGAAGGCAGCACGACGAUGAUUCCGCCCUCACGGAGUUCCUCUCUUCCCUCAUGGAUUAUACGCCUACUAUUCCCGAUGAGCUGGUGGAGCACUAUCUUUCUAGGAGCGGCUUCUACUGCCCCGAUUUGCGGCUAACAAGAUUGGUGGCUGUAGCUGCUCAAAAGUUCAUUUCAGAUGUUGCUAGUGAUGCUCUCCAGCAUUGCAAGGCAAGGGUAGCAGCGCCAGUUAAAGAUAAGAGUAAGCAGCCAAAGGAUAAACGCCUUGUCUUGACAAUGGAAGAUCUUUCCAAAGCCCUGCGUGAGUACGGAGUGAACUUGAAACACCAAGAGUAUUUUGCCGACAGCUCCUCAACCGGAAUGGAUCCUGCUUCAAGGGAGGAGUAAGUAACGAUCAAAUCCCUAAAUUAGAUUGAUGCCCUUUGUGUGGAAAGGGGCUUGCGCCUAUGCCUCAGCCGUUUCGGCAUCAUGAUUCAACCAAGUACAGCUUGAUGCAGUAUUAAUUGUUACUUUAGCUUAUAUAUGUUUGCAGAAAAUAGUUUUGUAUCAUUUCGUCAUCUCUUUAGUAUCUAAAUUUUGGAGCAUAUGUUUGUUUA